AUGACGGUCUUCAACGGAAAGGCGAAGGUUCGGGUGGUCGAAGCCAGGGAUCUGAGGCCGACGGAAUGGUCGAAACGGUAAGUGCGGCUUCUGAAGUCUUACUCUGUCUAGGUUCAACAACGCCACCGAAGUCACUCAGGUUGUGGAUUCGUAUGUGAAUGUGGACUACGAUGAGUACCAUGUGGGCCAGACGAUGACCAGGCCAAAGACGAACACGCCGCAUUGGAAUGAAGACUAUCAUGUGAGUUGGAUUCUGGUUUUUGAAAACUUUUUUUGUAAUUUUCAUAUGUUUGGCAGUAUAAUAUUUUUAAAUUUGGCUGAAAUUUACGUAUUUUAGUUUUGUUUAUCAAAAUUCCGAACUUUUUUUGUAAAUUUUGAGCCAUUUUUAAGUUGACAAAGAUAACUCUUUGUUUUCCUCACUGCCUACCAAACGCUCGCUCUUUUCAACACCAGAAAUGAGUUUUGCGACAUCAAAAAUGAGUUUUUUUUUUGGAAUUAUUCGAAUGAAAACCGCGAAACCCUUUGUAUGCCCUGAGGGCUCGGCUUAGCUUUGUGUGCAAGCACUUCGUUUUUCAGACGGACGUCCAGAACGGCAAAGUGCUAGGCUUCACGAUCUUCCACGACUGUGCGUUGCCGCCGGACGACUUUGUCGCCAACUGUCGGAUUCCGUUCGAGGAUCUCAAACUCAACUCUCCGAAUGACAUUUGGGUCGAUUUGGAGCCACAUGGACAGCUACAUCUGUUGAUCGAGCUACAAGGCACUAUCAUGGAAGGUGGGUUGGGGAGUGUCGUACUGUCAAGGGUCUUUAGCUGGGUAUUAUAGUACUGAUAAAACCUUUUUUAUUCAAGCAAAGGUAGGAACCUUUAGGGAUGAAUUUCAUAUAUUUUAAUUAAAAGCCCUCAGGCAUUAAGCGGAAUGGAAAUCUUUUAUAAAACUAUCAAAAAAAACUCUGUUUAUAUACAGUAACACAUAAUGAUAUGGCUGGGAAUGUUGGACAGUAA